GUAUCCAGAUCAAGGUUCGCUUGCUCGUCAUCGAAAGACUCAUACCGGCGAUCGACCGUUCCAGUGCUUGGAAUGCCAUAAAAACUUCCCUACGUCCACGGCGCUACGUCGUCACUUGACACUGCACAACUCUCAAUCGCGACCGCUUCCUUGCAUUUACUGCGGCCGGCGGUUCAUGGAUAAGGCCAGUUUAACGAAACACGAAGAAUCCCAUAUGCAUAACGAGCAACGUAAAUACCCGUGCGAGAUAUGCCAAAAGACCUUCCAUCACGUGACCGACCUGAUUAUGCACAAGAAGUAUCAUGAUCCUGACAAGAAAUUUGAUUGCGAAGUGUGCGGUCGCGAGUUCAACAGACUGAACAAUCUGCAGAGACACAUGCUGGUACAUCAACAA